CAUAGGGAAUUGUCACUAAAUUUAUUUGUUAUUUCAAAACAAACCAACAAUAGCCACAAAAUUCUAUUGUGUCCAAUGCUCUCAGCAUACUACAGUGAAUGGAGCAAAUAAAUGUGCUAAGAGCCAAACCAUACUCUUCACUCAUCUAUAACAAUAACAAGGGCAAAACAGUUCCCCCCUCUGUUGAUGGGCCCCGCAACUCAUUCAAGAAGAACCCAGAGCGCCAAGAGAAAUUAAACGCACAACAGAGAAAGCAAGAGAGUGUAAAUGCAUGCGAAAGCCCCCCAAUGCACAAACACAUUGGGCAAGAAGAGAAGGAAUUUUCAUCGACCGAGUCGACAACACUCGAAAACAUUUCAUUUCAUUGUGAGUGAAAACGCGAAGCCAAACACACAUGUGAAAUGGACUCUCCUCGUUCUGCGUUAAUAGCGAGCCCAAUAUAGGAAAAAAACAAAAAAAAAAAAAACCAAAAAUAAUUUCCCAAAAAAAUUAUAAAACAAAAGCAAGCAACAUCGCUACAUACCGCACAGAUACUUAUGCUGAUUUUAACGAUAUGGCUCAGUGGAAAAACGUAAUAAAAGAGCAUUCAUUUGAAAAAUGAAAAACACACGCACAAAAAAUCCAUAACAAUUGUAUAAACAACCUGAAAAUAAGAAAGGCAAAUGCAUGAAAAUAAAAAUCUAAGGAAACAAAAUUCACACAUGACUAUAGAAGAGGAAAAUAUCAACAACAGCAACACCAACAACUCUCGAGAAUCUGUGCAUUGCAAUUGAGUGCAAAAAUCUUUUAAUCUCUCAACGUUAAUUAAUCGUUCGUUUGUGCGUCUGUCCGUCCGUCCGUCUGUCCGUUUGUCAGCCUGUCGCUGGUAUUGUGUCCAAUGAAAGAGGCAGUGAGUGGGUAAGGAGAACGGCUACGAUAAGAGGCCGAAGAAGACACAGGAAAAUAAAAGUACUUAAGACGCACACUCUCCCAUCCCAUUGCCUACACUCCGUCUCCUUCUUUCUCUUCCAUGUCUCACAUUCAUGCUUUUGCAUAUUUGAUACAAACAACAGAAGCAAUAACGAAAAACAAAAUCAACAACAGUUAAACAUGUGCUCAGUGUGAAUAGAAAUCAAGGUGUAGAAAAUUAUUCCUUCAUACAUGCAACGUACGCCCAGACAAACUUACCGUCUUACCCAACAUCAACCAACACUACACUUGCUAUAGAAUUCUAAGCGAAGAGUCGAAAAACACGAGCAAGAAGAAGAAGCAGAAGCAACAAAAGUGUUUUCCACCAUAAGUGAGAGUGGGCGAGAGGCGGUGGUGUUGCAAGGCAACACAGCCAAUACAGAAGCGACGUGUGCCGGUCGUGCCAGCGAGUGCGUUAGCGAGUUGGUGAGUGAGUGAGUGAGUGGCGGGCAGCCACAAUCACAGCAACGUGAAAACUAAGCAGCAGAGUGCCGAAGUGCAAGGUGCCAAAAUCACGUCAAUGCGUCUGAACAAGACAUACUGGCGCGCCAUUAGGCGUUAUUUUCUUGUCUUUACGGCCAUUGCAUUCUUGCCUUUGGCUCUGGUCUAUCUGGUGCGCAAUGAACAAAUCUACAAAAUCAAAGGUUAUGAGGCCUCAAAAGUCAAGGACCAUUUCACCGAUCAGUCCUUUCGAUAUCCCGUCAUGUUACUCGGUAAAAAUAAGGAUCUAACGAUAGCGGCCACAGGGAACUCGAAAAAAAAGUUUUCCAAAUACGAUAAAUACAUCAAUGAGACGCACUUACCUCUGAUACCGGAUGAAGCAAUACAAUCGCUGUCCGAAAGCGAUAUGCUCAAAGUCGAAAGACGCAUGGAGAGAAGGCGCAAGUUUCUGGCGGAGAAAUGUUCAGAAAUGGGUCUAGAUGUGGUGGGCAAUGAUUCAUGGCACAAGCCCAAUCCAUGGGAAUUUCUAGUCAAUAAGAGACAUCAUAUAAUAUGGUGUAAUGUUUUUAAAGCUGCCUCGUCAUCAUGGAUGUAUAAUUUUAAUGUAUUGGCGGGUUAUUCGCCUGAGUUUUUGCGUAAGACCAAAGAAAUAUUUUUACACUUGGCGCGAGAGCGCUAUCCUCGAGUGACACUCGAUGAGCUGCACGAGGCUCAAAACAAUUCUGUGACAUUUUUAAUAGCGCGCCAUCCAUUCGAGAGGCUAUUGAGCGCUUAUCGCGAUAAGUUCGUGUAUGCCAUACCCCAUUCAUUGCACGACAAGUUUGGCCGUAAAAUUGUGCGCACUUAUCGAAAAAAGAGUCAGCAACUGAGACCACCGAAAUAUCCCACAUUUCAGGAAUUCGUACGCUGGCUAUUGGAUCAAAUAAAACAUGACAAUUAUCUGGAUAUGCAUUUUGUCUCAUAUACUAGAUUUUGUACACCCUGCCUCAUACAUUUCGAUGUUAUAUUGAAAUUUGAGACGCUGGAGGAGGAUCAGUUGUAUCUGAUUGAAAAGACUGGCUUGAAGCAAAUCAUAGCACCCGAAUGGCAGAAUCCGGGUAAAGGCAAGAAUACUCUCGAUCUGCUGCAGCAGUUCUACUCGAAGUUAACAAGAACGGAAUUGGAUGGACUGUAUGAUUAUUAUAGAUACGACUUUGAACUGUUCAACUACAGUGCAACAUCCUACUUUAAUAUAGCCAGAUCGAAUGAAAUGGAUAUACCCGAAGAACAGCCUGUGAUGUUAUUGGGAAAACCACCAGCGCCUUGAAUGCAUUCAUUAGACAAACAACUUCAUUCAUGCACACACACAUAUUCAACACCAAUACAUUUAGGUGAAACUCCCUCGCAUCAGAACAACAAAAAAGACUUUAGAAUACUCCUUCUUUAGAGCAGAACAAUAACGCGCUUUCCUCAAGAACAACAACAACAGACACGUACACACAAACACAGAUGAACACUUAGAAGUAAUUGCGAGAAUUGCUCUAGCAAAAAUGUAUUAGCCAAUAACAGAACAACCAAGAUGAAGUAAAAGUUGAAUAAUCGCUAUCCCUCUCUCUCUCUGUAUUUCGCUCUCUGUAAUCAUAAAACAUAAACAAGAGGUUAUUCACACUUGAAGAAUGUUAGUUACAUUCAAGACUAAUUUUUCAGUUAAAUAAUUGCUUUUUGAUAUGCUGAAGUAUCGUUAAGUGUGAAGGCCCCAACUAAAAGCGCUCUCGUCCAUAGCAGUAUCGUUAUUUGAUAUGCAUUUCUCUCUAUAUGUAUAUUUAUACAAAUGAAAUUAAGCGAAAAAAUUUUCAUUUGCCAGAUACCGUAUACCAAACUAAAAUUUUUAAGAAAAAUUUAACGAAAUUUAAUAUAAAUUUUAUUUUCCAGCAUAUUGAUUUGCUUAUAGUAUUUUGGUCGAAAUUAAAUUUUACACCAAAUUUUACCGAGUCAUGAUUUUUAUAUAUUACAAAUUCAAAUUCGUGUUCUACCUUUCAGUCUCACAUAGUACUGUUUGAUCUAUAUGCCCUUGUAGGUGGUUGUUUGGGACGUGCCCCAUAAGUACUUGACCCCAAAUUUAUAUAUGCGAUUAGUGUUUUUGGGUUAGUAUCUAGUAAAAACAAGAAUUCGCAUAAAUCAGCUUAACCAUAUCAGAUAUAUGUCGGAUAUACCAAACAAAACGGCCCUAAAAAAGUUGAUCCUAAGAACUCUUAGCCUUUUUGGGAUUUUUUCUACUGACCUGCUUCCAUCACCCUGAUAUGAAAUUUUUCAGCCCUAAAAUUGGCUGUUGUUAUUAGCACAAGUGGCUCGUGACAUCGAGGGCUACAUAUGCGAACUCACAUAUUCCAUGUGAAACACCUUGUCUCCAGCUUUACUCUGGCGGAUGGGAGGCUAGCCAAAAUCCGCAUAAAAACCCAAUUUUUCAACAUCAGCAUAAUUUGUGCCCAUGCCUCGACAGAAGACAAGGACGAGCAGACCAAGGAUAUUUUCUACGAGCGCCUAGAGAGUGAAUACGACCGCUGCCUCGGCCAUGUGUAUUACCAUGGCCGAGAUUGUGAAAGAUUUUAAUGCAAAGAUAGGGAAGGAAAAUAUAUUUGAUCCAAGCGUAGGAAAAUUUAGCCUUCACGAGAUAACGUCCGACAAUGGAUUGAGGCAAAAAGCAUGGUUGUUAGCAGCACCAGAUUUCAACAUAAAAAUAUUCACAAAGGCAUAUGGCUGUCACCCGAUCAAAACACGAGGAAUCAAAUUGAUCACGUUGUGAUAGAUGGAAGGAGCAAUCCGUGGAGCAAAUAUAGAUUUGGAUCACUACCUUGUUGCAGCAAAGGAUCGCACUUGUUUGAGCAAAGCUGGAAAUUGAAAAGCUGUAAACACAACAGAUGGCAAGGGCAUACUCCACUCGUCUGACCCUACUGCUUGAUGAUAACACCCCUUGUCCCGAUGAUAUUACGGCGCAGUGGGAUUUUAUUUCCCACUCCAUGCAAAAUGUAGCGAAAUCCGAACUUGGAUACCUGAAGCCUCUCCCAUGAAUCCCAUACAGAGCUAAUGCAAUUAUUAGCCAGAUAAAGGAGAGGUAUCGGUAGAAGAGGACAAACGUCUAUUCCGCAGAAAGAAAAAGGAAAUGGAAAAACGUGGGUGCGAGCGAUUUGAGAUGUACGAAUGAAAUCGUAUGACAUCCGAAAAUUUUGCCUAAGCAUCAAACCGAUGGCUUUGGUGCUGGCACAUCCUUCUGCAGAGACAAAAAAUGAAAUCUGGUAACUGAUACAGAUAGUGUGCUGAGGAUAUGGAAAUAACACUUUUCCCAACUGUUAGCGAACGGCGAUGAUGGCGAAAAGGAUACCCCGAAACCAAUCUCUGAUGAUGGUAUAGAAUAUUUACUUCCUAAUCAGAAUGAAGUCCAAAUAGCAGUGACCCAACUGAAGAGCAAAAAGCCAGCAGGAGCCGAUGGGUUGCCGAACUAUUUAAGACCGGAGGCGACACGCUGAUAAGGCGUAUGCAUCAGCUCGUCCGCGCGACCUAGCUAGAAGAACGCAUUCCCCAUGAUUGGGACCACAACAUACUAUGUCCCGUACACAAGAAAGGAGACAAGGCAAUAUGUGACAACAACAGAGCAAUAAGUCUCUUCCCCAUCUCAUACAAGAUACUAUCGAGCAUACUGUGUGAAAGAUUAAAGUCUAAACUCAACGAAAUAAUUGGGUCCUAUCAGUGUGGAUUUUGACUUCGUAGACCAGAUAUUUUCAUUGCGCCAAAUCCUGGAAAAGACCCUAGAUGGACAAAUCAACUCCUACCAUAUUUUCGUUGAUUACAAAACCGGAGGCCAUCGUAGCGCAGAGGUUAACAUGUCCGCCUAUGACGCUGAGCGUCUGUGUUCGAAACCUGGCGAGACCAUCAGAAAAAAGUUUCAGCGGUGGUUUUCCCCUCCUAAUGCUGGCAAUAUUUGUGAGGUACUUUGCCAUGUAAAACUUCUUUCCAAAUAGGUGUCGCACUGCGGCACACCGUUCGAACUCGGCUAUAAAAAGGAGGCCCCUUAUUAUUGAGCUUAAAUUUGAAUCGGACUGCACUCAUUGAUAUGUGAAAAGUUUUCCCCUGUUCCUUCGUGGAAUGUUCAAGGGAAAAAUUUGCAAUUAUUUACAAAACCGCCUAAUAGGUUCAAGGGUGUUUCAAGCCAUGUCUGAAUUUGGUGUUCCUGCAAAACUGAUACGACUUUGCUGGAUAACACUGAACCGUUCAAUUCCAAACGAGGUGUCAGAGAAGGAGACAGAUUAUCGUGGUAUCUCUUUAAUACCCUGCUGGAGAAGAUUACACGAGAUGCAGAUGUGAAUAGAUAUGGCACACUACUCACACUC